AAAUCUUAGCAACAAUCUCUAGUAGCGUUUUUGGGUAACUAACAGGAACAAAACAAUUGAUUGCCACAAGAUAUGUUUUGAAAAAAAGUUCUGCUCAUCGUUGUUGUUGUUGAAGAAGCAGAGGUGACAUUGCUUGGCCGGAUAAAAAAUCCGUGUCCGUACCAAUUACAUAAACCCGACUGUCGAAGAAAAGUUUGCGCUUAUAUUUUCAUGAACGUUGGUAUUUCAUAAAAAAUGUGAUAAAAUGGUGCCAACAUUUAUAGUUAAACCUUACUGUUCGAGUUCAACAGAAUUUUUUUUCACAAAUUACAUCCAAAUCUUCCUUUUCUGACGUCAUAGUUGUUAUUAUGUCGGAUGUUGUCUCUGUCAUUAUUGAAUAUGGUUUAAUUGGCAACUAUCGAAACUGACAUUUUCUUCAAGUCUUUUUCAUACAUAUUUCGUAACACUGCAUUGAUUAAAUUCUUAAAAUGCUAAAAUUCAUUUCACGUGGAUGUAUUCCUUCGUUAACAUCAAGGGUUUCAAAAUUUCAAUGCGAAAAUCAUCACUCAAAACUUUCAAAAUUGUCUGUAAAUAUGGAGAACGUUCCAAGAUUGUUAGCUGACAAAUCUUCAAUUGUAUGGAUGGACCUCGAGAUGACUGGAUUAAACUCGAUUUCUGACAAAAUAAUCGAAGUAGCUUGUUUGAUUACCGACAAGGAUUUAAAAGUUUUAACAGAGGGUUUGUGCUUUGCUAUUAAACAUCCCAAAGAAGUUUUCGAGCAAAUGAACGAGUGGUGCGUGAAGCAGCAUAACGAAUCCGGUUUAGUUAAAAAGUGCUUGGAAUCAAAUAUCACACCAGAGCGUGCGGAAAAGAUACUUUUGGAUUACCUACAGAAACAUGUUCCUGAGGGUAAAUGUCCAUUAGCUGGUAAUUCUAUUUAUAUGGACCGGCUAUUUCUACGUCACCACAUGCCAUCCGUUGAUAAUUACUUGCAUUACCGUGUUAUCGAUAUCUCAAGUAUAAAGGAAUUGUGCCGUCGAUGGAGAUCCGACUUAAUAAAAUCGGCUCCCGAAAAACGUCUACUGCAUCGAAGCUUAGAAGACUUACAAGAUAGCAUUGAAGAAUUAAAAUAUUACCGAGAAAAUUUUUUUAAAACUGUAUAGUCAUAGUUCUUACAAUCUCCAAUAUUUUUAAGUUAGCUUUGUAUUAAGCGUAAUCAUGGGUAUCAAUAAAAAAUCAUACACACAUUGUGAAAACUGUA